AUGAAUUCGGAACAAGCGGAGAGUCCAUUGGAGGAAUCAAGUGUUACUAUGAUCGAUAUUUUGCAAGAGGAGCACGAGUUGGAAGAGGAAUAUAAUGCUGUUUUGGGUGCUUCUGAUGAAAAGUGCUGCACAUACGUUGAUGGUCCAAUUAAGCGACAAGCUCUUUACUCUUGCCUAACGUGUUGUCCAGAAGCUCGUAAUGAUUUGACGAAAUGUGCUGGCAUCUGUUUGGCAUGUUCUUAUCGAUGUCAUGAAAAUCACGAACUUAUCGAGUUGUAUACAAAGCGUAACUUUCGUUGCGAUUGCCCAACGGAUAGAUUUCCUGAGAGUCACCGCUGUUUAUUGAAUUCCUCAAUGACGAAACUUCAAGCACGUAAUUCUGACAACUUGUAUAAUCAAAACUUUCAAGGAUUAUAUUGCCGAUGUCAUCGUCCUUAUCCUGAUCCAGAACGGACAACCGAAGAAGUAAUGUUACAAUGCACAAUUUGCGAAGAUUGGUUUCAUAUACACCAUUUAGAUGUGUCUUCUUCGGAUAUAAAACUUGCCGAUACAGAGGCUUGUGGUGAAAUGAUUUGCGGAGGUUGCAUGAAAAUCCAUCAGUUUUUAAGUGAUUAUGUAGGUGUAGCAUUAAAAAUUCUCGAAAAUUCCGAUGAAUCUUUGGUCAAUAUAUCAGUUUCUGGAGAUACUUCUCUGCGCGAGGAACAUGACAACAAAUUACGUUCCGAUUUAGAUAAAAGCAUAUCUGAUAUAAUGAAUAUUAAUGAUGUGGUUGCUUCAACUUCCACUGAAAAGGUAGAAUUAAAAGACGAGAUCGAUGUUGAAGUCAAUAAAUCUCCAGAAGCCAAACGGCCUAAGAUCGAAAUGGAACGCGAUGUCGAAACAAUAAUUAAAGAAGAUCGAUGCAAUCGUCCAAAAGGGAAAACAAAUUACGAAGGGGGUGAGUUAUGA